GGGAUCUGCUGUAGUGGGUCGUAGAUAAGGGCGGGAGGAAGCAAGCACGGUGGUGCAGCCACGUGUGGGGUCCCUCUUGUUAUUAGCCUGGAGUUAGCAGUGGUAUCUCAAAGAUUUCAUUGGCUGGGCUGAAUCUCCACCAAGCACUUAGAGCACGGGCUCGUGUAUAGAGACACCAUUGGCAGGACACCACUGGCAGGCAGUCUUAAUUUCUCCAGUACAGUUUACAAGUUAUUCUAUUCCAUUUAACAUUUUGGUUGGCGUUCAUUUGGAGUUAAUUUUGUCUGGGUUGUAAAAGGAAUGUCAUGCGUUUGGUGUUUGAAAGGAUUUUUUUUUCCAGUAUUUCAGGUUUUUUUAAAAACAAACUAAUAAAACCCGAUUUUAUAAUUUUUGAACAGACACAUGUUUAUCCUUUUAGAAAAUUAUUUCUGAGUCAAGCAAUGUUGUUACCUGGACCCCAUGCCAAAGCUGUACCCACCAGCGUAGGGGAAUGUCAGGGUGGGGAGGCAGGAAGUGGGUGAUUGGGGAGGGGGAACACCCUUUUAGAAGAAGGGGGAGGGGGAUAGAUAGGGGUUUUGUAGACCAGAAAGUGGGAAAGGGAGAAACAUUUGAAAUGUAUAGGAAAAAUGCCCAGUAAAAAAAAGAUUUUUAGUUUGUCCUUAUAUUGAUCAUGUAACAUUUCUUACAUCAGAAGUGACUGAUAAUGAAAACUUCUGUCAAAGCAAAAUAGUUCCUUCCUUCCUACUUCUCCCUUCUUUGUGGUUACACCAGCUUCAAGGUUUGUCAGUGAAAUCAAUUCAUACUGCAAUCCUCUUUAUUUAUAUUUUCCCUAAGAAAGUCAGGGAGGUGAGAAGACAUUCAUUCCAUUGUCUCUUUUUCUUACUGACUAGUCAGGGCUCAGCCUGGAAGGCUUGUCAAGACUCUCUCAUGAACUGGGCAGCGGAGGCAGAAUUAGGUGUUCAAAGGAAGAGGCAAGCCUGAGCUACAGAAGAAAUUGCCCUAAAGAGAAACAAGUAAUCAAAGAGUUGGGAAAAAGGAACAAGGAACAACAUUCUUUUUUAUCAUUCGAUAUUUUUAAUUUACAUUUCAAAUAUUCUGUUUAUACGUUUCCUGUUCACAUACCCCCUAUACCUUCCCUUUUCCCCUUCUGUGAGGGUGUUCCCCUCCCCAACCUCCCAUCCCUUCCUGCCUCCCCGCCCUGGCAUUCCCCUACACUAGGGGGUCCAGUCUUGGCAGGACGAAGGAAUAACAUACUUAAUUCUCCACAGACGUUGGAGGAUUAUAGACAGUUGACCAGAGCUGUGAUGCUCUAAAAAAAUGAAAUUUAAAAAGUGUUACUAACUCAGUUCUUUAAAAGAUAGAUAAUAUUGGAACAAUUUAUAGCUAAAGUGACUUUCAAGAAGGACAGGCCAUUCCCUGCUAGGGGAAAAGCCAUCAAUGAGAUAAAAUAUGAUCUUGUCAUUAAGUGUGAUUUGUAGCCUGACAUACACAGCUAUAGCCAAUAUCCCCUGAUUCAAAUUUCUGUGCUGACUUAACUACAUCAACAAAAUUUUCUUAAAUAAUACCUCCCCAAGUUUUAUACCCGCCAGUCUGGACAAUUUCUAUUCACAUGCGUAAAUUAAUAAAUGCUGGGGAGUUACAAAAUGAUUCACUUAGCCCUAUCAGGUUUCUGAGACAGCUAGGAAGUGUGUUCAUUCACUACCACAGGAUCCUUGUCGCUCUCUUCAUAGUGGGAGCAAUGCUGACUCCUGUGAAGCAGCCCCCUCAGUUCUUCUUGUCCAUUAUGACUAGAAAACUGCACCAACUUUGCUCAGACAUCUGCUCUUUGUCUGUUUUAAUGGCCAUGUAAAAUGUCAGUAACAGAAGACAGUGUCUCUGCUCAAUGUGCUGCUGUAGCCUAAGUUCUGAAAGCAGUUUUUCUCGUGAUGUCUCAAUGCUUUCUGCACAAAAAGUCCUCAGGCUUUCCUGGUCUGGGAGUGCGGCUCUGUUAAAAAAAAAAAAAUGCAACGAGUAAUGCCUACUUCUCAUUCCUUGGGAUGUACUUAUUGAUAACACAAAAUUUACCAUCUUCCUGAUUUUAUCUUGUGAGUGUGUUGUUUGUAUUGGCAUGUGUGUGCAAUGUGAUGUCUCUCUCUCUCUCUGUGUGUGUGUGUGUGUGUGUGUGUGUGUGCUAUACACAUGAGUGCAUGUGCAUGUGUGCUUAUGUGCAUACAGGUGUGUAUACACAUAUGGUAGCCAGAUGUCCAAUGUCAAUAUUAGGUAAUUUUCCUCUAUUCAGAAACCAAAGUGUUAUGUGCCACACUCAAUUGUGGUUUUGGAAAGCUAUGUCAUGGUCUUGGUAAGAUGGAUGGAUAAAUUUGGAAAGGUAUAAGAAAGGAAAGAGUAGUGAUACAAUGUGUAUCGUCAUAAAAUGGGUAUUAUUUCUCCAUAAAAAGUCAUGGAAUAACUUACAUCUGUCUUAUGUCAAGAUCUUUGACAACAUUAUACCAGUGAAUGAGCAUGAAGUUAAGGGACAGUUAGUAUAAUUUUACUUACAUAUUUAGAGACAUCAAUCAUGGACAAGGUGGAUUCAAGGAAAUAAAUAGUAUGAUUUUUCUUCUAUACACAUCAUUCAUGGACAAAGUGAAGACAAGGGUACCAGAGGUACCUAGCAGACCCCAGGACUUAGCCAAUAAGCUUCCAUCAUAAACAUUCUUCCUUGGAAAAGGUAUUUAAUCAAAGGGUAUGGAUGCAUAUUCUGCCAUGAACAGUCAAUAAACAGAUUAGAACCAAGGAAUGUCUCUGUCAUUUACCGCAACCUUGGGAACCGUCAGAAGGACUUCACAUACAGAGAGCAGCCUAGCUCUCCCAUAGAAGACCCAGCUGUGCUUCCGGGCUGCCACAGCCAAGCUAAGGACCAUCCCUGCUCAGCUAAGCAGGGGCUCCCCAUCCCCACAGCCCCUGAGAACACCACACCCAGUGGUGCCUAGAUGUCCAAUAGUUGGCUAUCCACACCCCACCACCUUAUCCCACCCCCAUGUGAAACCUAAUUGCAGGUCCAGGAAUCCCGGAACCAGCUCUUCCUUCUCCCUUCAUCUCGGACUGCAUUUCCCAUGGCUGAGCAGUGUCUUGGCAUUGCCCUGAAGCCCAGCAUCACUCAGGCAAUGGCAUGGGAAAUCAGAGUCAACAAAUCCCCACGUUCAGUAUUUCAGAAGAUCAGUCGCAGACUGACAGAUUGUCUGGCCAAUCAGUGGCUCAUCAUUUUGACUGACCUCUUUACACGGCUCAUGUUCCUGUUCACUUUGGACUCUAUCAGAUGUCCCUGCCUCUAAAUCUACUCUCCACUUUACCCGUUUGAUGAACUAUCUAUUCCAUGAUAUGUAGGAGCACCCUUGUCCGUUCUUUUUCAUUUCUUUUUCCAUUCACCUCCCAUUAGUUCUUACUUCACAUUCAUGGCUCUUCUUACUUCUAUUAUUGUUAUGUUUUGGAUAUGAGUGAUGUUUGUGUUCUGGAUUCCCGACAUACAAGGUAAAGAUGCUGCACUAGACAUUGAUUGUGUAAUGAGAGGGGCACACAAAAGACCCUGCACCAUGGAUGAUGAACACUUGCCCCUGGAGAGUGGAAGAGUCCAUGAAAAAAAAAAUGUACAGGACUAAGGCUGAGUCUGCCCCUACAAUGAAAGGUAGGAUCUAGGAAGACCUGUUUUUUUUUUUUUUUCUGACACAUGUGAGCUCUAAUCCUCCAGCAGGGAAGGUGCGAUUGUCUUAUGUCCAGACUAGGAGGUCAAACUAAUGAGGGAUCAGGGCAAAUGUAGAAAUUAGGAGCACCAGUGGGAGGUAGCUUGAAGGUUCUUUCUUUGAUUGUUCUCUGAUGCAAUUCUAUGAAGCUGUGAGGGAGGCCUUAAGCUGUGCCAUGUUUUGUGUAGUGGGAAGGAGGGUGAGGCAAAAGGGAGAACAGGAUGGCUAAGGCAUCACUGUCCAAUCUCCUGAGACUGGUGUGGCCUGUGUCCCUGGUGAGACUGGUGGUGUGUGAGACUGGUGGUUGUGUUGGUACAUGUGAUAACGUGGGCAGAAGCUCUUGACCUUUGAACUUCACUUAAUUGUGAUACUGUGGGGAAGGAGGCCCUCUAUGAUUCUGGUUACAGGAAUAUUGGUUGCUUACAAUAUCACUGUUCAUUGUGCAGUACAGGCAUUACUUCUGGUGUGUACUAGAUAGACAGAUGUGGAAAUGGAAGAACGGGAAUUAAGAGUUCCUAGCAUUGUGGUCCAUGUUCAAUUUUUUACUAAGAUUUUGGAAACCGUUAGAAGGAAAGAUGAUGUGAAUCGGCCUUCAGCGAUAUUUGAUUUGAAUCCUUUUACAUCUCCCCUACCACAUGCCACAGCACACGUUUCAAGGAAGUUAAAAUUCCAGGGUACAAAAGGAAUUUUGUGUUUCAGAGCUCUUUCAGGUAUUCAUGGUGCUUGGCAGGAAUCAGACAUUAAAAUAUUCGUCAACAUGGAUUUUUGUAAGGGUUUCUGAGGAGAUGGAAUUUCCCGAAAAGACAGGAGGGAAUACAGAGUCAUAGCCACCACUGUGAUCAUCUCCAUGUACAGAGUUCUUUAGAGCCUGGUGACUCUGGGUUUGGAAGAAAUAUCAGGAGUAGAUUGACAUGGAGAAAUAUAACAGUUAAAAGUCACUUUGAAUUAUUUUUGUUGAAGUUCUGAAUUUAAGGUGGUUUUUAAUUUCUAUACCCAUGCUCUAUAGGUAACUUUGGUAAGGUAAUAUUUAAGGGACUUUUCUCUUAUAUAAUAUCCCUACAAUCAGUGCCCUAUUUUUCAAGAAAUAACAUAGAAUGAGAGCAUAAGCAGUGUGAGGCUGACUUUCCCAUCUGAUUUAAAUCUGUAAUGACACUGUGAUUUGAACAUUGAUGUAAGAGCUUCAGCCUUCUGUCUACAUUAAACGUUAAAUGAAAAUUAGGGGAGAAAACACAGAAUCUAGCCAAAGCCUUCACAUUCAAUGGGUUAUUACAAUGUUUUCUAAGUGGGAAUGUUGAGAAGAUAAUGUAACUAUCGAGCUUUUUACACCCAGAGUUGUCAGAUCAAUGAGAAUCCAAUAGUUAAUACAGUAUACUGUAAAAAUCCAAAGACUGAUUACCAUGGAAACAGACCUUUCUGCCCAUGAGUCACAGGUCAUAGUGCAUGAAAAAUUAGAAAGAGGUUAAGAAACAGACUGAAUUGUUUUCAUCUGAAUUUAAAUAAUGUCAAUUAAUGAUUGUUGAGCAAAAAUGUAAUAUCUUUGACAAGUCACUCAUUUGUUUCUUUUUAUCUUGGUAAAUAACCAGCCUUAAAUGGUUACACAUGCUUUCGUGUGUGUGUGUGUGUGUGUGUGUGUGUGUGUGUGUGUGUGUGUGUGUACUUACUGAGAGUAAAACUUAUGAAUACAGAGAUCUAUACUGAACAUAGGAAUGGGCUUGGGCUUGGCAUAAACUCUUCUGUGAUGUUCAUCCUCUUCAGAAACAGCGUGAGAACUAUAUCUGUCAAAAUUAUACUUUUCUUGUCUUCACUAGUUUGCUUUUCUUUCUUCAUUAUUUUUCCUCUUCCUUUUGCAUUUUCAUUCAAGAAAUAUUAUAUUAAUAUUUUCAUUGAAAAUAGAUCUCUUCUCUUAUAUAGUAUAUCAGUACCACUGUUUCUCCUCCCUACACUCCUUCCAGUUUUACCUCCUCCUUUCAUACUUUCCUCUCUCCAAGAUCUCCACCCCAUAUGUUUUACCUUUUCGAAGAGAGCAGAUUUCAGAGAGCAGAUUCAAGCAGAACAAAUAAAAUAGAAAAGACAUGUUGAAUGUCCUCAAUGUGAAGCUGGGCAUGGUAGGCAAAUAGGAAGAAAAGAGCAUCAAGCUCAAGGAAAGGAACAGAGCCAUACAACCAGUGUUAGCAUUACCACUAGUCACCAAGCUAAUCACCAUAACACAUAAAGGAGGACGUGACUGAGACCCAUGCAAACCCCCCUUUUCACUUAGUGUCUGUGAGGAUCUUGAAACCCCAGGCAGUGUAAGGACUGGGUUCCUUCUGAUGCCCAGCUCCUCAAAUUAAACCAAAUAUUAAUUGGACACUCAAUAAGUUCAUCAUCCCCUUGGCUCAGCACAGUUGCAGGCAGGAGAGAGUCAGUGAGGGAUGGUAUAGCUUGUAUUGUGUCCAGAAUUACCUUUCUGUGGCCUGUAGAGUAACCUCACCCCCCAAAGAGACUAGAACAUAGGGGUGAAGUCUCCAAGCCUGCACCCCCUUUAUUUUUACAUUUAGUGAGCUGUGUGAAUGUUGUCCAAUACAGUGUGGCCCUGUGGUCAGAUUACAGAGAGCAAAAUGUUUUUCUUGGAAUCGGCAUGGAUAGUUUAGACAGCUCCUUGGCUAACACCACAGUGAACUGUAAAUCUGUCCCAAUACCAGACCUUGCUAGGUAUAAAGAUGGGUACUUCAGACUCUGUCCUCCAUUAAUAGCAGUGGUCCCUGGAGUCACCCUCUGAAUUCCGUGGGAGUUGCCAGUGCCUUAAAUUCCUGUAGUAAUCUGCCCAUGCUCUCUGAUUCCAGCUCGUUCUCCCUGCACUUCCUCUCUUCCUCUGUCUCCUCUCCAAAUGAUCCCUACCGCUUCUUUGCCCAUUUAACACAGUCCACCCAUAGAGUCUCUUCUAUUUGCCGUUUUCUCUGAUUUUUUAGUCCCUUUGUCAUUUUGAUAUAGGAGGCAUAUUGGAGGGUUUAUUGAUUUUUUGUUUGUUUGUUUUUUAGUUAAUCUUGUAUCCAGUGUUUUAAAGCUGUACAAAGUGGGUAGUAGAAUUUUUAGGGUCACUGAUGUAUAUUGUCAUAUCAUUUACCAAUUAGGAUUUUUCAUUUCUUACUCUCCAAAUUAUAUCCCCUUGAUAUCCUUCCAUUGUCUCAUUGUUGUAGGUAGAACUUCAUGCCAUACAUUGAAUACAUAUAGAGACUGAUCAGGCUUGCCUCGUUACUCACUUUAAGGAAUUAUUUUGACUUUAUCUACCUUUAAGUUGAUGAUCUAGGCUUACAGAAAAUUUUAAUUAUUAUAUUUGUGCUCAUCCCUUAUAUCCCAAAAGGUUUUUUUUUAAUUUUUUAUUGGGUUAUUUUAAUUUACAUUGCAAAUGUUAUCCCCUUUCCCAAUUUCCUGUCCAUCAAUGCCCUGUCCCAUAUCCCCUCCUCCUCCUAUGAGGGUGUUCCCCCACCCAUAAAUCCACCUCUUCCCACCUCUCCGCCCUGACAUUCCUCUGCACAGUGGGGUCCAGCCUUGGCAGGACUAAGGGCUUCUUCUCCCAUUGGUGCCCAACAAGGGCAUGCUCUGCUACAUAUGCGGCUGGAGCCAUGGGUCUGUCCAUGUGUACUCUUUGGAUGGUGGUUUAGUCCUUGUGAGCUCUGGUUGGUUGGUAUUGUUGUUCUUGUGGGGUUGCAAGUCCCUUCAGAUCCUUCAUUCCUUUCUCUAACUGCUCCAAUGGGCUUACAGUAAAUUUUCUGUAUCAUGUUUGCUUAUAUCCCUUGUUUCCUGCAAGGUUUUCUCAAAUUCACAGUGAGUACAUUCCCUUUGCGUUUUGAGUGCUUGGAUUGAAGAAAUCUACUAAGGUGUCCAGAUUGAACAUGAAGUUUUAUGGUGCUAGUGCUCCCCACCCCCUUUCUCUCCCAUACCAAAAGAAUUUUAAUCAUUAUUGUAUUUGUACAAAUGUUUUGCCCAUGUGUAUGGUUUUUUUCUACCCUGUUCAUCCACAUAGGACAGAAAGAUGGGGGGCUCUGUAAAAACCCUUAGAACUUGACUUACAGAUAGUGAGCUGGGAAUGAAAGCUGGAUGCUCCUGAAGAACAUUCUGUUUUCUUAGUUUUUAAGGUACUUUCGCCCCAUAUUUUUAUACCUGAUGAUUUUUCUGUCCCAGGCACUCCUGGUUACUUACAGAACAAACUUCUCUUCAUGAUGUUCCUUUACCAAAUAGGGAAGGAAACCAUGGUAAGAGAUGAGAAUAAAAACCUGGUGGAUAUUAACUUUGUCAACUUGAUGCAGAAAUUGAGGAGUCUAAUUCCAGCCAAAUCAUUGCCUUCAUAUUUAAAAUACAAUACAAUUUGGGGAGCUAUUUCCAGGCAACUAUCAGUCAAAUUCUAGGUACACAAUAUACUUUAUGUUUUGACAACAUGGAAACCAUUUUAUGAGGUACACAUACCACAAGAAUGGGUUCUAUUUAGAAACGACCUAGAAUUUAGUGUGGUCUCUGACCAAAAGCACAGAGGCAAAAAAGUACAUAGGACAUUUCCCCUAAGGCUGAUAAACAGUCUCAGGAAGGGAGGGUGUGGGAUAGUCGUUCAGCAAAUAUUGGACAAUGUCUGCCUCUACAGCUAAAUGUAGGUAAAGUUUGCCUUCAAAAAGCAAAGAGGAAGGUUGGGACAGCCUGUUGUGGGUGGUGCCAUCCCUGGGCUAGUACACUUGUCUUCUAUAAGAAAGCAAGCUGAGCAAGCCAGGGGAAGCAACCCAGUAAGCAGCGCUCUCCGUGGCCUCUGCAUCAGCUCCUGUAUCCUGACUUGCUUGAAUUCCUGUACUGAUUUCCCUUGGUGAUGAACAGGAAUGUGGAAGUGUCAGUUGAAUAAACCCUUUCCUCUCCAAUUUACUUCUUGGUCAUGAUGUUUGUGCAGGAAUAGAAGCCCUGACAGAAACAACUGACAAGCAGUCUACAUUCUCGGUGUCAUUUACUUUAUUUUCAGCUACAAUACUAAGCCACAAAAUGAAUUCCAUGGCCCUUUCUGCCUAACAUUUUUAUCAUUUAAAUAUGUUUCUGUAUGACUUUGAGCUAAAAUGUCCAUAAAUAUGUCUGCUUUUACACUAUGACCAUGUUCAGACAAGGACUAGUAGCAGGCAACCCUUUAGGUGAACAUAAACAGAAUCCCUAUUGAAAAUCUCAGUGCUUUAUUAUUUAUUAUAAUCACUGUUUGGAAAUGAAUGCCAAGCACUCUUUGCCUACAAAGUAAAAAGGAAAUCUUCCUCAGCUCUUCUUUUUUGCCUGCUGGGAUUGUUAUUCUUGAGAGUCAAGUUGACUGCAUACGGAAUUAACUAAAGCCAGAGAGUUGAGUACUCUGGGGGUUUUAGUUUCAGUAUAGCUUAUGAAGUGGGAAACCCUCCUAUAUUCUGAAGCUUUUGACAUGUGAAGAUCCACCUCAGUGAGAUACUUUUCCUCUGUUUACCUAGUGCUUGUAUUAGUCCAUGAGCCAAUCUAACCAGCUUGCUUUUCCUUUUGUAUUCUUUCUUGUCUUUUAUAUAUAUUUCUAAAUUUAUUCACUUUUCAUCCUGCUUCCUGCCUCCAUCAGCCUCUCCCACCAUCUCUCCCUCAACCCCUCCUGUCACAUUCUGCUCUGAGUGGGUAGUCACCUCCUGGGUAAUACUCCAUCCCUGGCACAUUAAUUCUAUGCUAGGGUACGCAAUUCUUCAGGCAGUUAGGCCAGAUAAUUCCACUGUUGCAGUUGUUUGGGACCCAACGAAGGCCCAGCUGCACAUCUACUCCAUAUGAGCAGGGAGUCAUAGGUCCAGCCCCUGGAUAUUCCUCGGUCGUUGAUUAAAACUGUGAGAACACAAAGGAUUGAGGUUGGUUGAUUCUCUUGAUCUUCCUGUGGAGUUCCUCUCCCCUGAGAAGCCCACAAUGCUUCCUCCUAUUCUUCCAACAAGUCCCCAAGCUCUAUCAAUUGUUUGGUUAAGGGUGUCUGUAUCUGUCAGAAUCAGGUGUUGGGCGUAACUUCUCGGAGGACAACAUGCUUCUGUCUGAAGGCUUAACAGUUUCAUUCAUUGUAUUAGAGAUUGGUGCUGCACCAUGGAAUGGGUCUCAAUUUGGCCCGGUUAUUGGAUGGCAAUUUCCUGUGUCUCUCCUCCAUGCAUGCAUUUGUUGUAGACAGGGUUGACAUUGUUGAGCGUAGGUUGGUCUCCCUAUUGCACUACUGGGGUUCCUGCCUGGCUACAGAAGGUAUUCUCUUCAGAUUUGUUAUCCCCAAUGUAGUGAGUUACAGCUAAGGUCACCCACAUUGCUUCUUGAUUGCCUCAGUUAUCCUAUGGAGAUGUUCCUCACCUCCUCACCUCUGUCAGGUGCAGAUUUAUAGUCAUUUUCUGGCAUCCAGCCAUUUCUCCUGUCCUUUUCCACACCUGAUCCUUCCUGAACCCCCAUUCUCCUUCCCAUUCCCUCUCCAUUCCAGGUCCUCACCUCCACAGUCCUCUCAUGACCGUUUUAUUCCUUCCUCUAAGUGGGAUUUAGGCAUCCUUGCUUGGACCGACUUUCUUGUUUAGCUUCCUUGUGUCUGUGGUGUGUAGCAUGGUCCCUGUAUGAUCCAGCGAGUGUUUACUGAUGAGUGAGUACCAGUCAUGUCCUCUGGGGACUGGGUUACCACACUCAGGAUUAUAUCGUCAAGUUCCUUCCAUUUGCCUGCAAAUUUAUGGUGUCUUUGUUUUUAGUAGGUGAAUAGUAAUCCAUUGUGUAGACGUACCGCAUUUUCUUUAUUCAUUCUUCACUCAAGGAACAGCUAGGUUGUUUCCAGUUUCCAGCAGGUAGGAUAAAACUCUAGGAAUAAAGCCCAGCUAUCUUUGGUAAAAUCCAGUACCCUUUCAUGUUCAAGGUAUUACAGAAUUCUGAGAUAAACAUAAUCAAAACUAUUUAAAGCAAGCCAAUAGCCAACAUCAAGCUAAAUGGAGAGAACCAUAAAACAAUUUCACUGUAAUCAGGAAAAACAAGGUGGCCUUCUCCCUAUCUAUUCAAUAGAGUACUUGAAUUUCUAGGCAGAGAAAUAGGAAAAAAAAAAAAACCUAAAUGAGAUGAAGGAGAUAUAAAUUGGAAAGGAAGAAGUCAAAGUAGAGCUGUUUAGUGAUGAUCUGAUAGUAUAAGUGAGUGGCUCCAAAAUUCUAUUUCAGAACUCCUGCAGCUGAUACCCACCAUCAGCAAUAUGGAUGGAUACAAAAUUAACUAUACAAAACAGUAGAUCACCUUUAUAUAAAUGAUAAUGGCACCAAGGAAAUACUAAGAGAAAUAGCAUAUUUUACAAUAGCCACUGAUAAUAUAAGGUAUCUUUUUGUAACUAGCCCAGCCAGUGAAAGAUCUCCCUGUUAAGUACUUCAAAUCCCUGAAGAAAAAAAUUGAAAAGGAUUUCAAAGGAAGUAAAAAAAUUUUCCAUGCUCAUGAAUAGACAGAAUUCAUAGUAAAAAUGGCCAUCUUACCAAAGCCUCAGUGCUUUUGUAGUUAGUAAUUAUUUAUACAACAUCUAUGAUGUGUGCUUAGCAUUGUUGAUCUAUUUACUGGUCUCUUCAUGUCUCUCCAGUGGCAUUUCCCUUGCAAGUGUCUAUCUUAUUCAAAAGGUGAGGAAGUGGGAGUUUUGAACCUUAUCGUUCAGUUUCCUUCUACAAUGAAUUAGUGAUAACAUUAUAACUUUUCUAUCAUUAAAUAACUGGAGAAAACACUAGAAUAAUGUGAAUAUAUGGUCAAUGAAAUAUACAUGUUCAAUAUGUAAACCUGCUUUGUUUUGUACACAUACAUGUGUAUGUGUGAUAUCUGAGAAGGCAGUGACAUAUGAGGACAUUCAUGUGAACUUUACUCGGGAAGAAUGGGCUUUGCUGGAUCCUUCCCAGAAGAGUCUCUACAGAGAUGUGAUGCUGGAGACCUACGAGAACCUCACUGCUAUAGGCUCUUACUGGGAAGAACAUAUUAUUGAAGAAAAUUGUCAAAAUUCUAGAAGACAUGGAAGCCAUCUUGACUGGAAUGAAAGAAUUCACACUGGAGAGAAAACCAAUGAAGUUGUGCAAUACAAAGAAGGGUUUGCAAGUCAAAAUCAUCUUCAUACACAUAAAAGCACACUUACUGAACCCUUUGUAUACUAUAGUACUGUUCAAGUAAACAGAAAAGCACAAACAGGAGAGAAACCUGGAGGAUUUAACCAAUGUGAAAAUGCCUUUUUAUCAAACACCUAUCUGAGAUGCCAUAAAAAAAGUCAUACUACGGAGAAACACUACGCAUGUAACCAGCGUUGUAAAGCUUUUGCACAAAUCUGUAGUCCUCAAAACCAUACAAAAACUCAUCCUGAAGAGAAGCCCUAUGAAUGUAACCAAUGCAGCAAAGUCUUUUCAUCGCACAAGUCUCUGCAAGCCCAUAAAAAAACACAUACUGGAGAGAAGCCCUAUACAUGUAACCAAUGUGGCAAAGCCUUUGCUAAACAUGCCCAUCUACAAAGACAUAAAAGUACACAUACUGGAGAGAAGCCCUAUGAGUGUAACCAAUGUGGUAAAGCCUUUGCUUGUCAAAGCUAUCUUCGAAUACAUACAAGGACUCAUACUGGAGAGAAGCCUUAUCAAUGUAACCAAUGCGGUAAAGUCUUUACAUGGCAGAGCAUUCUGCAAAGCCAUAAAAGAACACAUACUGGAGAGAAGCCCUAUGCAUGUAACCAAUGUGGCAAAGCCUUUGCCCAUUACAGUGAUUUUCAUCGCCAUACAAGAACUCAUACUGGAAAGAAGCCCUUUGAAUGUAACCAGUGUGGUAAAGCCUUUUUUCGUCACAGCCAUCUUCUCAACCAUCAAAGAACACAUACUGGAGAGAAGCCCUAUGAGUGUAACCAAUGUGGUAAAGCAUUUGUUUCUCAGAGCAAUCUUCAAAACCAUAGAAGGACUCAUACUGGAGUUAGGCCCUAUGAAUGCAACCAAUGUGGUAAAGUCUUUGCUUGUCACAGCAAUCUCCAAAGCCAUAAAAGAACACAUACGAAAUAGAAGCCCUGUGUGUGUAACCAAUGAUGUGAAGCCUAUGCCCAUCAAGGGGAUUUUCAGCGUCAAAGAACAUAUACUGGAGAGAAUCCCUGGGAAGGUAACCAACAUGGAAAGGCUUUGGUAUGUCAUAGCAUUCUGAAAAAGCUAUAAAAGAACUCAUACUGGAGAGAAACCCUAUGCAUGUAAGCAACGAGGUAAAGUCUUUGUUCAUCACAGUAAUGUUCAAAGCCAUAAAACAAGACGUACUGGAGAGAAGCACUUUACCUGUAACCAAUGUGGCAUAGCCUUUGUACAAAACAGAAAUCUUCAAUGGCAUAAGAUGAUCACAUACUGCCGAGAAUUCCUGUGCAUGAAAGCAAUAUGAUAAAGUUUCUGCAUGUCAUAGCAGUCUGAAAAGCCAUAAAGAGAAGCCGAGUGCAUUUACCUAAUGUGGCAAAACCUUUGCACAGAUCGGAAGUCUUGAAAGGCAUAAAAAAAGUCACAUACUGCUGAGAAUUUUUGUGAAUGUAACCAAUGUAAAAAACCCUUUGCAGAUUACAGUGAUGUUCAAAGAAAUAAAAGAACACAUUCUGGAGAGAAGCCCAAUUAAUUAACCUAUAUCAUGGGGUUGGGGAUUUAGCUCAGUGGUAGAGCACUUGCCUAGUAAGCGCAAGGCCCUGGGUUCGGUCCCCAGCUCCGAAAAAAAGAAUAAAAAAAAAAUUAACCUAUAUCAUAAAUAUUCUUCCUUUCACAGUCAACAUCAAAGUCAUAAAAGAACACAUACUAGAGAAAAACCUUAUGAAUGUAACCAAUGCGGUAAAUCUUUGAAUAGAAUAGUGAUUUUAAAGUCAUAAAAGAACAAAUACUAUAGAGAACUCUUUUGAAUGUAAUCAAUAUGGUGAAGCCUAAGCAUGCUACAGCCAUUUGGAAACUCAUAAAAAGAAAAUCACAUGAUGUGCAGAAGUCUGGUGAAUGUAAGGGAUCUGCUAGGGCCAUUGUACACAGCUGUGAUCUUCAAAGGCAUAAAUGAAUGCCUCCUGGAGAGAAGCCCUUUAAAUAUAACCAGUGCUGUAAAGCCUUUGCUCAUUAUGGUGGUCUUCAAAAAAUUCCAAAUGACACCAUGCAGUGAGCCCCUGUGCAUAUAUCAACUUGAUUAAGCCUUCGCAUAUCAGAGUCAUCCUCUAAUGCAUGAAAGCAUUCAUAUAGGAGAGACACAGUGGGUUUGUAUGUUUGACUCUUGCCUGAGUUAAGUACUUUGCCUAGCUUUGAUAUGAGGAUUUGUGCCUACUCUUUUUCACAUGUGAUGUGGUGUUCAGUUGCUAUCCCCGGGAUCCUGCUCCUUUUCUUUUUUUUUAAUCAAAAUGGCAGAGUUGUGGAUCUGGGUGUGAAUGUAAGUUGGGAGAGUCAUAGAGGAGUGUUCAUAGGGUGACCCAACCCAGGAACAAAACCUUCAGCCUAUAAUCUUUCCUACUUGAAAGAUGUGCUGGUGUAACAGUAACACAGAAGUUGUUGGAUUGCCAAUAAUUGACUGGUUUACUUGGAAGCCCAUGAAGAAGAAGGAGCCUGUAACUGGCAUAUCUCACUGGAAAGAAAAUUUAGGCACUUAUCAAGCAGGACAAGUGUUCAGAAGAGCCAGGAUUUUAUUACAUGUACUAACUGCUAGUUUCUGCUUCUGAUAUGUUAAAUAAGUUAGCCAUUUUCCAGAGUUUCUUUGAGAUUUUCACAAUCUAGAAAUAAAUGAUCAAGUGUUUGUAAAUUAUUUCAUUCUACUUUAUGAUAUGUAAGUUAUCCUGCCCUACAAUUUUCUAUCCCCUGUACUGGAUUAAAUGAUUUCUCUGCUUUUAAUGAGAAUGCUGGGCUUCUUUGGAAAAUUAUCAGAAUAGGGUACUAUAUAGUAAGAAACAAAUUGAUAACUGAUAUUACCUCCUGAUACUCUAUUCCUCAGCUCUUUUGUCUUAUUUCUUUCUUUGUAUUUUGUCUUUAUGAGUAUUUUGUUUGAAUAUAGAUCCGUGAGCUUCAAGACCAAGGAGGUUACAGAUCAACUAGAACUUCUGUUGCAGAAUGUCAUGAGCCACACUAUAAGUACUAGAACUGAGGUAGUGUCCUCCAGAGAAGCAGUCAUUAUGGAUAAUCUCUGAGCUACCAGUCCACAAAAAUCGAACAGACAGUGAAUAGAAUUCCCUUGAAAUAAUAUAGUAUGUCAAUAUAUUUAAAUGCAUAUGACAAAAUUGUCUAGAUUCACACUGUAUUCUGUGCUCCACAAAGUUGUUCAUUUUGCGAUGAACACUGGAUAAAUGAGUACUAUCAACCUCCGUUGGUGGUGGGAUCACAAGCUGGUACAGCCACUCUGGAAAUCAGUCUGAAGAUUCCUCAGAAAAUUGGACAGAAUAAUACCUGAGGACCCAUCUAUACCUCUCCUGGGCAUAUACCCAAAAGAUGUUCAACAUAUAGCAAGGACACAUGUUCCACCAUGUUCAUAGCAACUUUAUUUAUAAUAGCCAGAAGCUGGAAAGAACCCAGAUGUACUUCAAGAGAGGAAGGAAUACAGAAAAUGUGGUAGGUCUACACAAUGGAGUACUACUCAGCAAUUAAAAAACAAUGACUUCGAGGUUGGGGAUUUAGCUCAGCGGUAGAGCACUUGCCUAGCAAGUGCAAGGCCCUGGGUUCGGUCUCCAGCUCCGAAAAAAAGAAAAAAAACAAAAAACAAAAAACAAUGACUUCAUGAAAUUCAUAGGCAAAUGGAUGUAGCUAUAAAAUACCAUCCUGAGUGAGGUAACAAAAGUCACAGAAAACCACACAUGGUAUGUACUCACUGAUAAGUGUAUAUUAUCCAAAAGCUCAGAUUGCCUGAAAUACAAUCUACAGACCACAUCAAGCUCAAGAAGAACGAUGACAGAUGCUUCAGUCCUUCUUGAAUGGAGGAACAAAAAUAUUCAUAGGAGGGAAUUUGGAUACAAAGUUUGGAGCAGAGACUGAAGGAAUGGCCAUUCAGAGCCCACCCUACCUGGGGAUUCAGCCUAUAUACUACAGCCAAAAAAACAGGACUGCUGAUGCCAAGAAGUACAUGCUAUCAGGAGCCUGAUAUAGCUGUCUCCUGAAAGGCUCUGCAAGAGCUUGACAAAUACAGAGGGAAUACUCACAGCCAAUCAUUGAACAUAGAACAGGGUCCCCACUGGAGAAUUGUUUGCAACUCCGUAAGAGCAACAUUACCAACCAACCAGAGCUCCCAGCGACUAAACCACCAUCCAAAAAGUACACAUGAACAGACCCAUGGCUUCAGCUGCAUAUGUAGCAAAGGAUGGCCUUGUUGGGCACCAAGGGAGGAGAAGUCCUUGUUCAUGUCAAGGCAGGACUCCCCAGUGUAGAGGAUUGUCAAGGCGGGGAGGUUGGAAUGGGUGGGUUGUUGGGGGAGGGGGGCAUCAUCUUAGAAGAAGGGAUUGUAGGGCUGGGUUAGAAGGGUUAUGGACGGGGUUGGGGAUUUAGCUCAGUGGUAGAGUGCUUGCCUAGGAAGCGCAAGGCCCUGGGUUCGGUCCCCAGCUCCGAAAAAAAAGAAAAAAAAAGGGUUAUGGACAGGAAACUGGGGAAGUAGAUAAGCUUUGAAAUAUAAAUAAAUAGUCAAUAAAAAAUUCUUAGAAAUCUCACUCUGGAAAAAAAAUCAGUUUUCAUAGUUUAGUUGGAAAAACACUUUGAUUGUUAGAUCACGAAGCUGUAUUUUCUUUGUUUAUCAAGGAACAGUGCUUAAAUACAGUGUUCCUAAUUACAGUUUGUUAUCAAUCUCAAAUUAAGUCUUUCUUGCUUAGAUUUCUUCCAGCAAAACUUUCUUUAUGUUAAUAAUGGAAAUAUUUCCUAAUAUUUGUUUUUUAAAAGAGUUUUCAUUGAUAAAUCUCAUUAACAGACUAUCAAUUUUUUAUUAGGAUCAACUUCCUCAUUGUGAAUACUACUACUUUUUCUCCUGUUUACCUAAGGUUCCCUACAUGACUACAUUUUCUAAAGUUGUAUAUUCAUACAGUCCAAUUACGCCAGCAUUGUUUUUUUGUUUUUUUUGCCAGUACCCGCAUAAAAUGCAGCAUGAUGGCACAUUAAUGAAAAGCGGGAGUGAUAAAGGAGGAUCCUUUUAACUCAGUUGGAAGCCAGCCUGGCUGUAUUAUGGAGCUUCAGGUUUAACAGGAUCCUGAAUCAAUAAAUAAAGUGGAGUCCAGCUGUGGAAUAUCACCCAGUUAUCAUUAUGUAACAUAAUGUACAAUAAUAUACUACAUAUAUUUCCAUUUAGUGUAUGUUCACUUACCAUAGCAUGCCUUUGAUACCUAGGUUAUGACAUCAGUACUUUCCAAUAUGCAAUCAUAUAAGAAAUCAGUAGGAAAAUAUAACAGUUACAUUGUUGCCAUUGGGCAGUUUAAGAAAUAUGUGGCCUUCAAGGGAGGGUCAGAAAUAGCUAUUUAGAGUACAAUGAGAAAGGAAGACCUAACAUCAUUCAUCUUGAUUCCUUUCACUUCUGAAAUUAGAUACCUUCCCAACUACUGUAGCUUUACGUAGCACUGGAGCCAGCCCCGCGCCAGUAUUGCAUUAUGAUAUUGUGCAGGCAUGUUACUGGUGUGGUUACAGCACUCGUAGAUGAUACUUGUGAUUGUUCUAUUGCAAAGUAACUUCCAACAUCAUGAAUGAUAGCAGUAGGGGUGACUCUACUGGUUGGGUACCUCUUUGACUUAAUUUGUGUUCAGUGCCAUAAGUGACGGGGACCUUCAGUAGGGUUUCCCUUUAGGUUAUGAAUAGUAACCAACAGCCUUGUUCGCUGAUGCCAUACAGGAAGACGUACACUUGGCAGGUGAUCUUUGUAGAGAUCGCCAACCAUUUUGCAUGGCAGUGAUGGGUGUAUCCUGUAGAAGCAUGGACCCAGAGGCUUCAUCUCAGGAUUGCUUCUUGCUGCAUGCUCUGUCAUGUUUGUCAUUGCUUUAUUCCUCAUAUAUCUAGCAUGGUAUAAUUAGGUGUGGGCAGACCCUCACUGCCUGUAACCUUGUGUGAUUGCUUCCUGCUUACUCUAUUAAGUAAGUUUCCUGAAGACAAACAGGAUGAUGAACUAUCAAGAAAUAAAAACUUGUUCAGAUCAACUAACAAUUUUACAGAAUUCCUGAUCUGACUUAAAUAGCUUUAGGAAGUUAGACUGGGUUGUAGAAAGUAUAAGGCGAUGGUAAGUGGUUGUUCCGGAAAGAUGAAACAAAGUUAGAAUUUAUAAAAUGUACCUCCUCCCUUGUAGAAUAGUGAGGACUGCAUAGGUAAGGAACAGUGUAGUGUGAGCUUUCAUGCCUUACAAACACGCAGUUAUCCUUGGAAGACAAAAAUAGUCUUGGGACAAGUUGAUGGUCCAAGACAACAUUCCUUCUAAGUUGGGUCUGAGUUCCUGGACCUUUCAUCUAGGGCUGUAGCCACAGGUUUUGGGUGUACCAUGAAAGGACGAGAUUAUGAAGAAGGGGUAAAUAAUUCUACUUUAAGAAGAGAGAAUUUGACUCCAAACCCAUUCCCAAAACACCCACAGGAAGCCCAUCUCCCAGGUGCUCUAACACACCCAGGAUCACAGAUGAGGAGGCCACAACAAUUGCCCCAACAGCCAGAGUAAUUGUGAAACCCGCACGCAUCCAGAAACACAGAAACCUGCCAGCUUGAACCUGCAACUGGAGCAGACCUGGUUCUUCGGCUCUGCACCCUCUCCUCCAACACUCAGUGGGAGCCCAAUUUCCAGGUUUCCUGAAACACAAAGGAUUACAGGAGAGGCCACAACAUGUACUCCAACACCUGGACUACCUGGGUAUCCCAGGAUCCAGGGACUCAGGAACCACUGUCCAGUCAGUAGCAUGGGUUGCUUCCGGUUUGAAUCUGCACUGGGAGCAGACCUGGAGUGCUAGCUCUGCAUCAUUUUUUUUACAACACCCAGAGGGAGCCUGACUCCCUGGUGCUCUGAAAGGCCCACUAUCAUAGAGGAAACUCCACUCCCAGGAGAUCCGACAAAUCCAAGAACACUGGAGUUCUGACACACUCAAGAUCACAGUUGAGGCCACAACAUCUUUCCCAACAUGCAGCAUAACCGUGACCCCCACCGGAAUCAGGAGAAUACAAACCUCCACCCAGCCAGAGGCACAGUUCCUUCCAGCUCACUUCUGUUCCUGGGGCAAACUCUCCACCCAACCCUGCAACACUUAGAGGCAGCUUGACUCCCAGGAGCACAGGAUCAAAGGGACAGCUGGACUCUGAGGAGGUCUGAAAAAGCCAGGAUCACCGGAGGGUCCUACUCCAGUUAGAUACAGCAAAGGCAGGUAGCAUUAGAGAUAAGCAGAUGGCAAGAGGCAAGUGCAUGAACACAGACAAAAAAAAAAAAAAAAAGAAAAAGAAAAGAAAAGAAAAAGCAAA